GCAUACAGUUGACCUGCAUUUCAAGAGAAAGACCUUGUGCAGCAUGCCAGCAUCCAGUUGGCUGAAUCACCAGAUCUCACACUGAGCUAGCAACCAUUGCCACUGAGGGUGAGAGCGCUGCACGGAGAGAUCGAGCGGCGGCGGCCAUGACGAAGGCCCUGCAGGCCGCCGGCGGCAAGCCGUGGCGCCCGGGGAAGAUGAGCACGGUGCUCGUCGCUGUCCUGAUGACCAUGCCGCCGCUCGUCGUCAUCUUCAGCGGGCGAAUUGGCGAUCAAGCGAUGUGGAUCAAGACGGCGGUGGAUGGCAUUCGGGGAGGUACAGAUGAUGAUGUCUCCUUCAUGAAGCACCCGACGACGUCACACGACAAGCUUCUCGGCGGCCUCCUUGUCGACGGCUUCGACCAAGAAUCCUGCCACAGCCGGUACCAAUCCGCCGCGUACCGGCGAAACGCCGGCCGGCGACCAUCGGAGCACCUCGUCUCCAAACUGCGGCGCCACGAAGACCUGCAGAGGCGGUGCGGCCCUGGCACCGCCGCCUACAGCGCCGCAGUGGAGCAGCUCAAGUCCGGCAAGAGCCCGGCGGCGGCCGAGGCCUCGCCGGAGGCGUGCAGGUACCUCGUCUCCAUCUCCUACCGCGGCCUCGGCAACCGGAUCCUCGCCGCCGCGUCGGCGUUCCUGUACGCGAUGCUCACCGACCGCGUGCUCCUCGUCGACCCCAGCAACGAGAUGGGCGAGCUGUUCUGCGAGCCCUUCGCCGGCACGACGUGGCUGCUGCCGCCGGAGUUCCCGCUCGUGGGCUACCAGGGCUUCUACCUCCACACCGCCGAGCGGUACGGGAAGAUGCGCGAGGACAGAGUGCUCAGACCAGACGGCGGCGAAGCGGCGGCGGCGGCGCCGCCGCCGGCGUUCGCGUACAUCCACCUCGAUUACAACCAGACCGACUACGACAAGCUCUUCUUCUGUGACGAGGACCAGCGGCUGCUGUCGAGCAUCCAGUGGCUGGUGAUGAGGACGGACAGCUACAUCGUGCCGGGGCUGUUCCUCGUCGACGCGUUCCAGGACGAGCUCGCCGCGCUGUUCCCGGAGCGCGACGCCGUGUUCCACCACCUCGGCCGCUACCUGUUCCACCCGACCAACCACGUCUGGGGCCUCGUCACCCGCUACUACCGCGGCCACCUCGCGUGGGCGCGCCGCCGCGUCGGCAUCCAGGUGCGCGUCUCCUCGUGGGAGUGGGAGUCGCCGGAGAUCCUCAGGACGAUCACGUCGUGCACGCAGGACGAAGGGCUGCUCCCGCGGGUGCUCGACGACACGGACCAAGAACCACCGGCGACGGCGGCGGCGAGCGCGCGCCGCGGUCUCAGGCCGAGCGCCGUGGUGAUCACCUCGCUCAAGUCGUGGUACUACGAGAAGAUGAAGGGGAUGUACUGGGAGAGGGCGACGGAGUCCGGCGAGGUGGUGGUGUUCGACCAGCCGAGCCACGAGGAGCAGCAGAUGUACGGCGUGAGGGCGCACGAGCGGAAGGCGUGGGCGGAGAUGUACCUGCUGAGCACGACGGACGUGCUGGUGACGACGGGGACGUCGACGUUCGGGUACGUGGCGCAGGGGCUCGGCGGGCUGACGCCGUGGGUGCUGCCGCGCCGGGAGGUGAACGGCACGGCGCCGCCGUGCCGCCGGGACAUGUCCAUGGAGCCGUGCUUCCACGUCGCGCCGCUGUACGACUGCAAGCGGUGGGAGGACGCCGGCAAGAUCGUGCCGCACGUUCGGCACUGCCACGACAUGCCCGCGGGGCUCAAGCUUGUCGACCGAACGGAGUGGUGAAGCAAAGAGAAGUGCUUGAGAAAGUAUAUCGAGAUACAUAAAUUUUAAACUGACAUUAUUGAUAUCGUGAGUUACUAUUUAGUAGGUAUUAAAAUACUAAAUUUUAUAGUAGAAAAUAUUUCCAGUACCUUCUCAAAGAUAAUAAAGGCCCCGUUUAGCAGGACUGGCUGUAUGCUGCAUGGGGCUGUGCGAACAAAAGAAAUGUUAGUAGUUGGGUUCAUGUAGCAGCUGGCUGUGGCACAGCCACAUGCAUGGCUUCCAAACAUACCCAAAAUUACCCAAAGAGUAAAGUAUUUGAAACUAGAGUUAAAGUUGUACCUUUUACUUAAAGUACGAAUAAUAUUGAAAAUACAUUUGUAUUUCUAACAUGGCCCCACAACUUUGUAAUCUUACAUGUCAGUCUCCUCGUUUCGCAUAUAAUUGAUUAUAAUCUGUAACACUUAUUAAUUAACGAUAAAAGUAGUAUAUGAUUAAAUUUUUAUAAACAUGUUUUUAAGACUAAAAGCCAAUGUAAAAAAGAACGUAUUAUAGAAUGAGAAUAUUUAAUCCCUACGUAUGAUUAUAAAGAA